CGCCUACAGCGUCCGGGCUCUACAGGUGACCCAGCGCCACAGCCACUCCGACGCCACCACCUUAGCUACCAGCACCGCAGACUCGAGCCGCAGCCUAAGCAGCAGGUGCCACCAUGCCGGUGAAGAAGUACCUGCUGAAGUGCCUGCACCGGUUGCAGAAGGGCCCGGGCUACACCUACAAGGAGCUGCUGGUCUGGUACUGCAACAACACCAACACGCACGGCCCCAAGCGCAUCAUCUGCGAAGGGCCCAAGAAGAAGGCCAUGUGGUUCCUGCUCACGCUGCUCUUCGCCUGCCUGGUGUGCUGGCAAUGGGGCGUCUUCAUCCAGACCUACCUGAGCUGGGAGGUCAGCGUCUCGCUCUCCAUGGGCUUCAAGACCAUGAACUUCCCAGCGGUCACCGUCUGCAAUUCCAGCCCCUUCCAGUACUCCAAGGUCAAGCACUUGCUGAAGGACCUGGAUGAACUGAUGGAGACUGUCUUGGACAAGAUUCUGGCUCCAGAGCCCAGUCACACCAACACCACCAGGACCCUGAACUUUGCCAUCUGGAACCACACACCCCUGGUCCUUAUUGAUGAACGGAACCCUAACCACACAGUGGUCCUCGACCUGUUUGGGGACAGCCACAACAGCAGCAGUCCAGUCCCAGGAAGUGCCUGCAAGGCCCAGGGGUGCAAGGUGGCCAUGAGGCUGUGCAGCGUCAAUGGGACUGUGUGUACCUUCCGGAACUUCACCAGUGCCACCCAGGCCGUGACUGAGUGGUAUAUCCUGCAGGCCACCAACAUCUUCUCACAAGUGCCUCGAGAGGACCUGGUGGGCAUGGGCUACGCCCCUGAUCGCAUCAUCCUAGCCUGCCUGUUUGGGACAGAGCCCUGCAGCCAUCGGAACUUCACACCUAUCUUCUACCCUGAUUAUGGCAACUGCUACAUCUUCAACUGGGGCAUGACAGAGAAGGCGCUUCCUUCUGCCAACCCUGGGACUGAAUUCGGUCUCAAGUUGACCCUGGACAUCGGCCAGGAGGACUAUGUCCCCUUCCUUGCGUCCACAGCAGGGGCCAGGCUGAUGCUGCAUGAACAGAGGACGUACCCCUUCAUCAGAGAAGAGGGCAUCUACGCUAUGGCGGGAACCGAGACGUCCAUCGGGGUGCUGGUGGACAAGCUGCAGCGCAAGGGGGAGCCCUACAGUCCAUGCACCAUGAAUGGUUCCGAUGUCGCCAUUCAGAACCUCUACAGUGACUACAACACCACGUACUCCAUCCAGGCCUGUCUUCACUCCUGUUUCCAAGACCACAUGGUCCAUAACUGCAGCUGCGGCCACUACUUGUACCCACUGCCUGCUGGGGAAAAAUACUGCAACAACAGGGACUUCCCGGACUGGGCCUACUGCUACCUAAGCCUACAGAUGAGUGUGGCCCAGAGAGAGACCUGCCUCAGCAUGUGCAAGGAGUCCUGCAAUGACACCCAGUACAAGAUGACCAUCUCCAUGGCCGACUGGCCUUCCGAGGCCUCCGAGGAUUGGAUCUUCCAUGUCCUGUCUCAGGAGCGGGACCAGAGUGCAAACAUCACCGUGAGCAGGAAGGGCGUUGUCAAGCUCAACAUCUACUUCCAAGAGUUCAACUACCGCACCAUUGAGGAGUCGCCAGCCAACAAUAUUGUGUGGCUGCUCUCUAACCUAGGGGGCCAGUUUGGCUUCUGGAUGGGGGGCUCAGUGCUGUGCCUCAUUGAGUUUGGGGAGAUCAUUAUCGACUUCAUUUGGAUCACCAUCAUCAAGCUGGUGGUCUUCUGCAAAGGCCUGCACAGGAAGCGGCCACAGGCCCCGUACACUGGCCCGCCCCCCACCGUGGCCGAGCUGGUGGAGGCCCACACCAACUUUGGCUUCCAGCCUGACACAACCAGCCACAGUCCCCACGCUGAGGUCUACCCUGACCAGCAGACUCUGCCUAUUCCGGGAACCCCACCCCCUAACUACGACUCCUUGAGGCUGCAGCCGCUGGACACCAUGGAGUCGGACAGCGAAGUUGAGGCCAUUUAGGCCCCACCCGCCCCCAGCAGCUGGUGAACUUGAAACUGAAAAGUUACAACCAUUGCCAGUGCCUCCUUUUAUUAGGCUUCAUCCAAAGAGCCAGGAACACAAGUGCCCAUGCCAGAGCCCAUGUCCCUCUAGAGCAGCCCGCAGUAACUGGUCAGCCCCAGGCUGAGGGGUCCGGACGGUCAAGAUGCUGGUACCAGUAUACUGGAGUUGUAAGCUUGCCUGGCUUCUGCCCACACUUCCCACAGUCUUUGCUCUGUGUUGCCUUUUGGCCUAGUAGACAGGUUCCAGAGAGCCCUGGAGUCCCUCUCCUGGGGGUAGGGCCACUUCCUCUGUGUAUGUCACCACCUCAGUCCUCCAGAAUCAGUGACCUUGCCCUAGUCGGCACUGGCCGUCCUGUUAAAAGACCAGGCUGGGGUGAGUGGGGUGGGAGGUGCUACAGAUCAUGGGGAGGGGGCAUCGGGUAGGAAGGCUUGUCAGGGGAGCACACGCUUUGUUUAGAAAAUAAAGACAGAAAACACGGA